CGGCGUCAUUCUUGCUAGUCAUUUACGAGGCUACUCCAGGUCCUUCUGCACGUCCUCGAGCCCCGGUCCCCACCGUCCCUUGUCUUCCGCCUCCAUGUCCACCCAAGAACGCUCUGUCAAAAUCCUUACCGACCCCGCGAAACCCCCAACGCGGGCCCUCGACUCUCUAAUCGAGCAAUCAAUACACAUCGUCCCGUCCUUCACGCUCGAAUGCGGACGGACUUUGCGCGAGGUCCCCGUCGCGUACAAGACGUGGGGAAAGCUCAACGAGAAUAAGGACAAUGUCAUGAUCAUCUGCCAUGCAUUCACUGGCAGUGCGGACGUAGAAGAUUGGUGGGGUCCACUAAUGGGGCGAGGGAAAGCCUUUGAUCCCAACCGGUUCUUCAUCUUCUGUGCGAACACGUUGGGUUCGCCGUACGGCUCCGCGUCGCCUGUGACCAUAAAUCCAGACACCGGACGCCCUUACGGCCCUGAGUUUCCUGCGACUACCAUCAGGGACGACGUCCGCAUUCACAAGCUGGUCUUGGAUCACCUCGGCGUCCGCUCAGUCGCUGUCGUCGUGGGAGGAUCAAUGGGUGGGAUGGCAGUCCUUGAAUGGCCCCUCUGCACUCCUCCUGGAUACGUCCGCCAUAUCAUUCCUCUUGCGACCUCGGCCCGCCACAGUGCCUGGUGCAUUAGCUGGGGCGAGGCACAACGCCAAAGCAUCUACAGCGACCCCAUGUAUCAGGAUGGGUUCUAUACCACCCAACCUGCAUCCGGGCUUGCGGCUGCACGUAUGAGCGCCCUCCUCACCUACCGGUCUCGCGACUCCUUCGAGAGUCGUUUCGGCCGUAAGCCCCAGCUUCGACCAUCGUCUCCCCUGACGCCACCCGAAUCGCCAGGCGUUCACGCUCAGUCUGACGACGAAUCGUCGCUCGCGCACCACAACGACGGGCACCGAAACGCAGGCGCGUCACGCCCGACGUCGCCUGGUGCGCCCAAACCUCCCAUUUUCUCCGCGCAGUCGUACCUCCGCUAUCAGGGCGACAAGUUCACGGCGCGCUUCGACGCGAACUGCUACAUCCACAUCACCCGCAAGCUCGACACGCACGACAUCGCCCGAGGACGCGCGGUCACAGACGGGUCGCCCGAGUCGGAGACGCGUGCCCUGGCGAAGGUCCUCUCGACGCUCCCGCCGCGCGCCCUCGUCAUCAGCAUCGCGACCGACGGCCUCUUCACGCCAUCCGAGCAGCGGGAAAUAGCCGCGUCUAUCCCCGACGCGGAGCUCGUCGUUAUCCAAUCGCCAGACGGUCACGACGGUUUCCUGUUGGAGUUCGAGCAGAUUAACACGCACAUCUGCAAGUUCCUUCGUCGCGAGUUCCCCGAGUACUACGCGAAGGAGCUGCCGGAGGAUAACGAGCCGGAGACUGGCUUUGAGGUCACGAAGACGAGUGUCUUUGGAGAGGCGGAGGCGGACGUCGCUAACUGGUAACGCCGGUCGGUGGUUUGGUGUGGUGGGCGCGCUCUUCGUGCUUGGCCUGGGUGCCUUGGAAUAUUUAUUGAGCGCUCGUUCCUGCGUCCGGAGUAGAGCAAAGUGGAUGCUUCUGGGACAGUGCUGGCUUUAGACCUAUCCAACUUGCAAUAGACCUCCGAAGUCCAACCUUGGGGCGGUCGAAUUUGUAUCGUUAUACCUAUAUUAUGGGAUCCAACUCCUUUUAGGAUCCAACUCCUCUCGUAGUAGUACACAUAUCUUACCCUGUAGCCUUAGGAUCCAACUCCGAUAUCCACCUAUCCGUUCCGACUUUUCGAUGUCAGCGUGGGUGUGGCCUUCA